ACACACAAUGUCUUCCUUUUCAUCAAACACUUAUGAUUACCAAUCUUCACCAAAUCAAUUCGGCACAGAUCCAGUGGCAGUAUCGGAUUUCUUAGCAAGAGUGAAUUUAGGACCAGGUCAACUAAGAGAAAUUGCUGGUCUUGGUGCUGUUGAUUAUUUGAGACUUGAUGAACAAGUAGUCACACCAGGAGCCCUCCCUAGUCGAGGGGGAUUUGAUGACCUAUGUUAUGGUACAGGAACGACAUAUUUGGCCGGUUUAACUUUUGGUGGAGUAUGGGGUUUAAUGGAAGGUCUUCAUGGACAUUCACCCAAUUUUAAAUUGCGUUUAAACACAAUCCUUAAUUCUGUUACUCGACGAGGACCAUUUAUUGGAAAUUCUUGCGGAAUUCUUGCCAUGGGGUACAAUACCAUCAAUGGUACUAUUGGUAGUAUAAGAGGAAAACAUGAUUCAGUAAAUAGUAUUGCAUCUGGAGCAUUAAUAGGAUUGCUCUUUAAAUCUACAGCUGGUUUAAGGGCAGCAGGUACUGCUUCAGUAAUUUGUGCGGCUACUGCAGGAACAUGGACUUUGGCAAAAAAAUAUUUCUUUAAGUAUUAGGCUUAUAAUAAUUUAGUUAACUAAUAAUAAUAUCAUAGAUUUGAUUGAAUGGAUCCUAGUUCAGAGAAUUUUAGUUUUUUUAAAAAACUCUACCACUGUUCACAGCAUUUUAAAUAGAUAGUUUGUUGGCUAAGAUCUGUAAUAAGUAAUAUAUAUACAUAUAUAUAUGAAUCCUGAGAAUAGAUUGUAUGUAAAGAAAAAUUAAUCCACACUACCACAAAAUUUAAUAACGCUCUUAAAUAAAUAAAAAUGUCUAAAGUGAA